CGAGGUACUGGCCAACGUCCCUCCCUUCAUUCCUCACAGCUUCUUCUUCCAUUUCCUUCUCUAUUUCGACUUUUCUUCCCCUUUUCAGCGUUAUCGAUCGAUUAACAAGCCCUCGCUUCUCUCUGUGUGUCGCACUUUGCCCUCGCUGUUCGAUCUGCAAUGUCGGUAAGAACUGUGCAAGUCAGCAAUGUCUCCUUUGGUGCAACUGAGCAGGACAUAAAGGAGUUUUUUUCCUUUUCUGGUGAAAUUGAAUAUGUGGAUAUAAAUAGCGAGAAUGAGUGGUUCCAGACUGUAUAUGUUACCUUCAAGGAUCCUCAGGGUGCAGAGACAGCAGUUCUUCUCUCGGGAGCAACAAUUGUUGAUCAAUCUGUUGUCGUAGCUCUUGCGCCAGAUUACAAGUUGCCACCAACUGAUACAGAGACACCUAUUCCUGUUCAGUCGGUAAAGGCGGCAGGGGAGAAAAGCGCGGAAACCGCGGGGUCUGGUUCCGCAGCUCAAAAGACAGAGGAUGUUGUUAGCAGCAUGUUGGCCAAGGGAUACAUACUGGGCAAAGAUGCAGUCAACAAAGCCAAGGAAUUCGACGAGAAGCACCAGGUUUCUUCCACUGCCGUAGCCAAAGUUGUUUCUCUGGACCAGAAGAUCGGCUUGAGUGAGAAGAUCAGCAUGGGCACCACAAUGAUGAAUGAUAAGGUCAAGGAGAUGGACCAGAAGUUCCAGGUUUCCGAAAAGACCAAGGUUGCCAUUGCCGCCGCCGAGCAGACAGCUAGCACAGCAGGAUCCGCAAUCAUGAAGAACCGCUAUGUUCUGACCGGGGCUUCCUGGGUCACCGGUGCUUUCAGCCGGGUUACCAAGGCUGCCGGAGAAGUGGGACAGAAGACCAAGGACAAGGUGGCCGAGGAAGAACAGGGAAGCAAUUCAGCACAGGUUCGAGCUCAGACUCGCGAAUCGGGAUCCCCAAAAGCUCCCACCAGCGAGCAACAGAACCAGACGAAGCCGGCGCAGGGUUGAUCACGCCAUGACAUUUGCAAGCAAUCUCCUGUAGAUAGAUAUAUGCAAGGUCUAGUUUAGAUGCCGGAGUAUGAAGGACCAUUUCUGUCCCAUAAGGCUGUUACAUACCAGUAAACGAACCACAGCUCAUUGUCUCUUCCAAACACAUUUUUGCGUGAACAUUAAUAUGAAUAUACCCUUAAUUUA